UUGGCCUCCCUCGCUAUGCGCAUGCUCAGAUUUCUGGUCGGAGCUCCACGCCGCUUCUGCCUCUUUCUCUCCAUGCCGGGCCCGAAGCGCCCGCACCCGGCCCGCAUCGGGACCCACAGCGGCACCUUCCACUGCGACGAGGCCCUCGCCUGCUUCCUCCUCCGGCUCCUGCCCGCUUACCAGGAUGCGGAGAUUGUCCGGACGCGGGAUCCCCAGUUGCUAUCGGGUUGCGAUGUAGUGGUGGACGUUGGAGGGGAGUAUGACCCCCAGAGGCAUCGCUAUGAUCAUCACCAGAGGUCGUUUGGAGAGUCAAUGCACAGCUUGAAACCGGAUAAACCAUGGCAAACCAAGCUAAGCAGCGCAGGGCUGGUCUACUGCCAUUUUGGCUCCCAGAUCCUGGCCAACCGGUUGGGCCUCAAGGAGCAGGAUCCAGUCUUGCACGUGUUGUAUGACAAGGUAUAUGAGAACUUUGUGGAGGAGAUUGAUGCAAUCGACAAUGGCAUCUCGCAGUGGGAUGGAGAGCCCCGCUAUGCCAUGACCACGAACCUGAGUGCCAGAGUGGGAUACCUAAACCCACGCUGGAAUGACAAAGAUCAAGACACAGAGGCAGGUUUCCAGAAGGCCAUGGAGCUGGUGGGCAAGGAGUUCUUGGACCGCUUGGAUUACUUUUACCAUGCCUGGAUUCCUGCGCGCAGCCUUGUGGAGGAGGCCAUCCAGCAGCGCUUUGAGGUCGACCCCAGUGGUGAGAUUCUGGUGCUGGCCCAAGGUGGCUGCCCAUGGAAGGAGCACCUGUUCACCCUGGAGCAAGAGAUGGACCUGAAGAAGCCUCUGAAAUUCAUCUUGUACACAGACCAGGGUGGCCAGUGGCGAGUGCAGUGUGUUCCUUCUGGCUUGCACACUUUCAAAAACCGGUUGCCACUUUUGGAGGAAUGGCGAGGCUUACGUGACGAGCAACUCUCUGAGGUCAGUGGGAUCCCUGGCUGUGUCUUUGUGCACUCCAGUGGCUUCAUCGGAGGGAACCGCACAAAGGAGGGUGCGCUGGAAAUGGCACGAAAGACGCUGGCUCAGCAGAUGGAAACUAACUGAAGAGCAAUGCAUCACCCAGUUGGACUUGUGGCAGUCAUUUGUUUUUUGGAGUGCUAUAAAAUUUUGAUUGAUUUUUAUAUUAAAAAACAAACAAAAAAACAAA